GUUGCAAAAUCAAAGCACUGAGGGCCAAGACCAACACUUACAUUAAGACCCCCGUUCGUGGAGAAGAACCCGUCUUCGUCGUCACUGGGCGAAAAGAGGACGUAGCCAUGGCCAAAAGGGAAAUUCUCUCAGCUGCUGAACACUUCUCCAUGAUCCGAGCGUCGCGCAACAAGAACGGUCCUGCCCUGGGAGGUUUGCCGUGUAGCCCGAACCUGCCUGGCCAGAUGACAGUGCAAGUCAGGGUGCCUUACCGCGUGGUCGGGCUGGUGGUCGGACCGAAAGGAGCCACCAUCAAAAGGAUCCAGCAGCAGACCCACACCUACAUCGUCACUCCUAGCAGAGACAAGGAGCCCGUCUUCGAAGUCACCGGAAUGCCCGAAAACGUCGACCGCGCGCGCGAGGAGAUCGAGAUGCAUAUAGCCAUGCGUACCGGGAACUACGUCGAGCUGAACGAGGAGAACGACUUCCAUUACAACGGCACGGAUGUCAGCUUCGAAGGAGGCGCGCUCGGCUCUGUGUGGCUUGCUUCUAAUCCUGUCCCUCCUAGCCGCACCAGAAUGAUUUCUAAUUAUAGAAACGACAGCUCCAGCUCCUUGGGAAGUGGCUCUACGGAUUCCUAUUUUGGAAGCAAUAGGUUGGCUGACUUCAGCCCGACGAGUCCGUUCAGCACAGGCAACUUCUGGUUUGGAGAAACGCUGCCUUCGGUGGGCACGGAAGACCUCGCGGUUGACUCUCAUGCGUAUGACUCCCUACCAACGCCUUCUCAAACCAUAUGGACCCCUUUUGAACCCGUAAACCCGCUCUCCGGCUUUGGUAGCGACCCUACCUUGAGUAACGCCAAGCCUCACCACCGAGGGAGCCAGCCAUCCACGCCUCGCCUGUCACCCACGUUUCCAGAAAGCCUGGAUCACCCGCUCGCUAGGAGAGUGAGGAGCGACCCACCUAGCACCGGCCACCAAGCCGGCCUUCCCAUAUACAUCCCCGCUUUCUCCAACGGUACCAACAGCUAUUCUUCUUCCAACGGCGGUUCCACCUCCAGCUCCCCCCCCGAGUCGAGACAGAAGCACGACUGCGUCAUCUGCUUCGAGAGAGAAGUCAUCGCGGCCCUGGUCCCCUGCGGCCACAACCUCUUCUGCAUGAAGUGUGCCAACAAAAUCUGUGAAAAGGAAACGCCGUCGUGUCCCGUUUGCCAGACAGCUGUUACUCAGGCAAUCCAAAUUCACUCUUAG